AUUCGUGAUUGUCACCCAUUUGUCACCAUAGAUUUUGCUGUUUAUGUCGUAGUUUCUUAUCAACAAACAAAAGAUUUUUUAAGUAACCCAGUUAUUUUAUAACAGUUUUUAAUAUAUUGUCGUAAUGGCUUUGACGAACGUGUUGCUAUUAAGUCAACUAGCAGGCUACGUGAUCGGCCUCAUUCUCUCGCUUUGCAUUAUCGUUCCGAUGAGUAUGCACCAAGAUGAGUUCAAUGGUCACUGUCUGCUGUUCUCAAAGGGCACCUGGCAGGAGGAAGACGGUCACUUGCUGGUGAUGUGGGCUUCCCGGGCGUACUGUAACUAUGUGAUAGUGGUCGGAGUACUCAUGUUCAUAGUGUGCUGCAUUCAGAUAUACAGGCUGUCGCUGUUCGUGUACCGCGGCACGGACAGCUCGUUCCUGUCGGCCUUCAUCGAGGCGGCGGGCUGCGCGGCGCUGUGCGCGCUGGCCGUCAGCGCCGCCGCGCUCGUCACGCUGGGCUUCAUGACCUGGUGCCAGAACAUCGUGGAGCGCUUCCCGAGUUGCGAGGAUGCGACAGGUCAAGAUAUAGAUAAGAAAGACAACAUAUCUACUCACGGAUUCUACAUAGAACUGGGAACUGCACAAUUUGGAGCGUGGGGCGCGUUCGCGACGUGGGUGGGUCUCGCCGUGUUCUCCACGCUCAAGGUGUGCCGCUACCAUCAGCUGCAGAACAUACAGGUGUCCAUGUACCGCGAGCGGCAGAGGCUCGUCAACGAGGGGGGGUCCACUCCACCCCACUAACUCAUUUAGAUUUCAUACGUCCAAUACCAUUAAAAUAAUCUUUUACUCAACAGAGGGAUUUGUAUUUAUGUUGUUAGGUGGUGUUGUACUCCACCCUACAAACUUUUUUGUCGAUGUUGUUACCAAAAAAAAUGUUUCAUCUCACUCGCACUUUACAGAAGUGUGGAGAAGAGAUAGAGGUUAAUUUAUGAGGUAGGUUUCACACUUCGCACACAAAUUUAUUGUUUCAAUUGAAUAUUAUACGAGUACUGUGAGAGAUGGAAGUUGGUUUAAUAAGGAGGGUUCUAUCCACCUCAUUAACUAUCAUGUAUUAAUUAUAUUACGUCCAAUAAUUCACUCAUGAUCAUGUUAUAUCAUUGUCAUACCAAGAAUCGUCCAUAGUAUAAUUAACUAAAAAAAAAAAAAAAAAAUUAUUCAACUGUCCGUAACACAUAUUCAAUGUAUUGUUUUAAUUGUUUACAAGUACGAUAUUGUUAGUUAAGCUUCCUAGGUGAUACUGCGUUUUUUGUUUUAAAAAUAGCCAUCAAGUAUGUAGGUCUGUUGUUAAUCGAUCACCUCCAACCAUUAAUAUUUUCACUAUCAGAAUUCAUGGAUAAUAAAAUCAUAUGGCUUCUUAUUAAAUUUACAAAGGUUUGUAGGGGAGACCCAAGGUCUCAGAAGGACGAUAUUGUUCUAGAUACUAUAUCCACCAUGCGAAAUAUAUUUCAAUAGUGAUAGGUAUAUAGUCUGUCGCUAGUUUUAAUGACAUUUGAAAGUUGUUUACAGUUAAAAUCCUUUCAAAUUGAUUUAAAUGUUAAUUAAGUAACAAGCACUACAAUUAUAUUAUUCCUGAGUUUGGUUGUCUUGUUUCUGUAAAACUUUAUACAUAAAAAUAAUUAUAUUAAAGUUAUUUAUUUGUAUUAAUGAAAUACACGCCGAAAA